UUCUUCUUCGUUUCUCUCUCUCUCUCAAAGAAACCUUCCUGAAACUGUCUUUCGUCAAUUCUCUUCUUCUUCUUCUUCUUCUUUCUUCAACGCCAUAACUUUCUUCUUCUUCUGGGUUUCCGAGAAUAUCUAUCUCAGAGCUUUUCCAUCGUUGUCAUCUGUGAGACUGAAAACGCUCAAACACAAGAGGAACUGUUACUGGAUUUGCUGAUAAAUUUACAUGAUUGAGAAGAGCUCAGCGGAUGGUAUGGAUUUUUCACCUUUGAUAACGGUUCUAGAGGGAGAUUUCAACAUGGACAAGGCUUCUGCAACGGAGAUUGAUACUUUAGAUGACUCUAAGCAAAUGAGUAAAGGAAAACCUCCCAGGCAUAUUUCUUCUAUGCAACAUAUUACAAGCACUACUACUAGUAGGCUGCAGCUUGCAGUCACUGCGGAGGUGGAUGUUUGUAGUCUGGUUAUGAAGUCACUUGAUGAAAACUCAGAGUUUUCACCAGUAUACCGAUCAGGAAGCUGUGCUGAACAAGGUGCAAAACAGUUAAUGGAAGAUGAGCACAUUUGCAUCGAUAAUCUUGUUCAGCAUCUUAGUGCAUCUGUUGAAUUAUCAUCACUUGGUGCCUUCUAUGGGGUAUUUGAUGGUCAUGGAGGCACAGAUGCGGCACUGUUUGUAAGAAAGAACAUAUUGAGAUACAUUGUAGAAGACUCCUACUUCCCACUAUGUGUAAAGAAGGCAAUCAAGAAUGCUUUCUUGAAAGCUGAUUAUGAAUUUGCAGAUGAUUCUUCCCUUGAUAUCUCUUCUGGGACCACUGCACUUACAGCUUUUAUCGUUGGAAGGAGAUUGAUAAUUGCAAAUGCUGGUGAUUGCCGAGCAGUGCUUGGUAGAAGAGGCAGAGCAAUUGAGCUAUCCAAAGACCACAAACCAAACUGCAGCUCCGAGAAAAUAAGAAUAGAGAAGCUAGGUGGGGUUGUGUAUGAUGGCUACCUUAAUGGGCAACUAUCAGUUGCACGUGCCAUUGGAGACUGGCACAUGAAAGGUCCCAAAGGCUCUGCUUGUCCUCUUACCCCAGAGCCAGAGUUGCAAGAGACUGACCUUAGUGAGGACGAUGAGUUCUUGAUAAUGGGAUGUGACGGUCUUUGGGAUGUGAUGAGCAGUCAGUGCGCGGUAACAAUCGCAAGGAAAGAACUGAUGAUUCAUAAUGAUCCAGAGAGAUGCUCUAGAGAGCUUGUGAGAGAGGCUCUUAAACGGAAUACGUGUGAUAAUUUGACUGUGAUUGUUGUGUGCUUCUCUCCUGAUCCUCCACAGAGGAUAGAGAUCCGGAUGCAGUCACGUGUGAGGCGGAGCAUAUCUGCGGAAGGGUUAAAUCUACUUAAAGGUGUGCUUGAUGGCUACCCUUGAGCAUGUUCUUUGGGGUUCUGUCUUUACUUUGUGAGGCUAUUGCCGUGUUAGAGAGUGUUGUUGUAUUCUGAGUAUGUUGUUGUUACUUAUAUUAGUAUUCAACAUUCAUUGAGAUUUUUGAUGGAUGCAUAUAAGGUUUUGUAAAUAACUUUUUUUUUUUUUUUAACUUCCACGAGUUUCCUUGUUGAAUAUAUAUAUCAGAGUUUCUUCUUUGCUUAUAGGCUCUCUUAACUCCAGGGAUGCUAGAUUAUAACUAACAAGGUUGUAUUCUUA